UUACAGAAACAUGGAAUCGAAAGAACGAAACGAACCCGUUUUUAUAUUCAAUUUAUAUUCAAUUUUUCAAUAAUUGAAAGAAAACGUGAAAUUAAUCGAAACUUUUAUAAAUCAUAUUUCGUAUAAUUUUCACUUUUCCUUUUUUUUUUUUUUGCAGUGUUAUUUCAUUCCCAAUUAAAUUAUGAAAAGUUAGAAAUGUGUGCGAUUAAAAUAACGAUAUAUUUCGAGAUAUUGUGACGUAUGUGGUAUUAAAUUAUUUUUUUGUCGAAGACAAUACCAACACACAGACUUUAAUAGUAUGAACAAAGUUUUCUAACAACACUUGUUGUUUAAUUUAAUCUAAUCUAAUGAAAGAAACUGUGAAGACAAUUGAUGAACAUUGAAGUAUUAAAAGCUAUUUAGCAAAAAUGCAAUAAUCUAAAAUUAAAAUAAAAUUUAUAUUCAUAUUCACAAUCAAGGAAAAUAAAAAGGUGAAGAAAAUGCCUGCCAUUAACAAGAGAGAAGCUGAGAAGGUGCCGGAAGAGCCACAACCGGAGGAGGUCGUUGAAUCGACGUUGAAAACAUUUUUGAGCACCGAGAUGGAAAUAAAAGAAGCCACAGAGGCAGAGGUAGUGACUGAAAAUGCUGGGAAAAAUUUUGAAACUCAAAUGGAAAAUCUUGGCAAAGAAAUCGCGGAGGAAAUGGGGAUACCAACAUGGGGACUUGUUGCGAUUUUAAUAGCUGUAAGCGUAGUAGUUCUCGGAAUCUGCUUCUGCUGCAUCAGAAGAUGCUGUCGCAAAAGGCGAUCCAAAGAUGGGAAGAAAGGAUUGAAGGGGGCGGUGGACUUGAAAUCUGUUCAACUAUUGGGCAGCACGUACAAGGACAAGGUCCAGCCGGAUAUGGAAGAGCUUACCGACAAUGCCGAAGAACCGGAUGAAGCUGAAAGUAAGCAGAGCGAGGUGAAACUUGGGAAACUUCAAUACAAGCUCGAAUACGAUUUCAACACAAACAGUUUAGCAGUAACGGUAAUACAAGCCGAGGAAUUGCCAGCUUUGGACAUGGGUGGUACUUCAGAUCCGUACGUGAAGGUUUAUCUAUUACCAGACAAGAAGAAAAAAUUCGAAACAAAGGUGCACAGGAAAACGCUUAGCCCAGUGUUCAACGAGACUUUCACAUUCAAGAGCGUACCUUAUGCGGAUGCGAUGAACAAAACUCUCGUUUUCGCCAUCUUCGACUUCGAUAGGUUCUCCAAACACGAUCAGAUCGGUGAAGUCAAGGUUCCGUUAUGCCAAGUCGAUCUGGCUCAGACGAUCGAGGAAUGGAGAGAAUUGCAAAGCGUCGAGGGUGAAGGUGGUCAGGAUAACAAAUUGGGUGACAUUUGCUUCUCGCUUCGAUACGUACCGACUGCUGGUAAAUUAACCGUGGUCAUCUUGGAAGCGAAAAAUCUGAAGAAAAUGGACGUCGGUGGUUUAUCAGAUCCUUACGUAAAAAUCGCCCUGAUGCAAAAUGGCAAAAGGUUGAAGAAGAAGAAAACGUCUAUCAAAAAAUGCACUCUUAAUCCGUAUUACAACGAAUCAUUCACGUUUGAGGUACCCUUCGAACAGAUACAGAAAGUGCAAUUGGUUGUCACGGUAGUCGAUUACGAUCGUAUCGGCACAUCAGAACCCAUUGGGAAGGUCGUCUUGGGGUACAACGCGAGUGGAACAGAGUUGAGACACUGGUCCGAUAUGUUGGCAUCCCCGAGACGUCCUAUCGCUCAAUGGCACACGCUUAAAGACCCCGAAGACGGCGACAAGAAGGACUAAGAGAUCGUUGAGAAAAGUUCGUUAUAGAAAAAAAAACAGGUAAUGCACACCAAAUGGUUCUAAACAAAUGUACAAAAGCGUUAUCAUUUAAACUUUUUGUUUCGUUCCGUUCCGUUUGCUUUUGCCUCAUUCUAAAUAAACUAUUAUAUACAUAUACACAUAUAAUAUGUAUCGGCAUAUAUUAUACAUAAAUAUGUAUAUAUGUAUAUUUUCCAACAUGGACGAUAUGAAUCAAUGAAUUUUUUUAAAAAUACAGGUUUUUUUUAUGAGAGAAAAGAACAAAGAAAAAAACGAAGGAUGUGCAAUAAGAAAUAAAAAAAAAAAAAAGAAAGAUUAAAAUAGAUAGAAAUGGGAUGCAACGAUCUCCCCGUACGUAAUGUUGAUCGAGAUUUUAUUCGAGAAAUAAUCAUGCACGAGAAUAAAAAUGAGAGAUAUAGAUGAAGAGAGAAAGAGAGAGAGAGAGAGAGAAAGAUAGAGCGAAAGGGAGAGAGAAUGUGAGAGAAAGAGAGUAGAAUAGAAUGAAAGCAAAAUAAGAAAAACAAAGAGAAUACUUUAGUAGAUAUUAAUAAUCUAUUAUUAAAUUAAACAACAAUAAAAUACCACCAAAAACAUUUUAGUAUUAUAUAAUAAUAUGUUCUCAUGGAGUGUAGCGUCUUGUAUAUAUAUAUUAUAUAUUAUCUAUCAUACCUUUUUCUGUAGAUGUAACAAUUGAACGAAAACUUUAAGUAAAUGCGUCCUCUUCAAGAUAUUUCGAGAUAAAGCAUUGAAUACUUUUUGCAAAACAUGUUGUUUCGACUUCCAUAUACGAUGUUCCGAUCGAUAGUUUUCUUUUUCGUUGUUUUAAUUAAAAACAUAUUUGAUAAAAUAUUUAUAUACUAUAUUGACACUGUUAAUCUUAUUAAAUAUUUAUAUAUGGAACAUAUAAAUGUGUGCUAUAUAUUCUAUGUAUAUAGUAUACGAAAGAUAUAUAUAUAUAUAUAUAAACAUAUAAUGUAUACGGUGUAAAUUAUACUUAUCUUGAAUUGCGUGAAUAGGCAGUACAAUCUUAUUUAUAAAAAAUUGCUAAAGAUAUUUUAUAUGUAUAAAUCGAUAAUCCUUUUCAUGCAAAAAAUUCACGUUUAUAGGUUAUGAUUACAUUAUAAUUGAUACACAUAGUGAUUGCGAGGUUAAAUAUUUUGUUAUAUUUCCGUUAAAUUAUAUUUAUAUUGUUAUAUUUUUUUUAAACGAAUGGAUUAAGCUUUUUAUAAUAUUUAAUUAAUAUUCUGUUUUGCUUGAAUUACACAAACAAGCUACACAUUACGAAAACUAUGAUCGAAUUAUUUUCCUGCAAAAAAGUCAAUGCUUUUGAUCGUGAUAUCUUCGUGCAGUACAACUUUAUACUGACUGCGCUAGGGAAUUCAGUCGAUUGAAAUGAACAAACAGAUUGGCGGAAAAUUCAAAAUUCUUUUGUGCGAAAUAAAAAAUUAAACUUUAAUAGUUUCAUUCGCAGAGAUAUUGUCAAAUAGUUUUUGUUGUAACAGCAUCUUUCGAUUAUAAUAUUUUUACUAUAGUAUUAAUUUAUGAUUUACUUGUUUUUUAUGGAUAAAAUUGUUAUAAUCGAUAGAUGCUCUUGACAAUUUUUUUGCGAAUUAAACUAAGAAAAAUUAAUUUCAUUGUUUUGAUUGUUGAAUUUUUGAAAUUGAACCUACGAAAUUUUUGAAUAAAAAAUCAAACGUGCCGGGAAACAUUUUAAUAUUUUAAUUUGAUAUGCAUGUUUGAUUUUCCCGCGAUUCUGCCUCUUUAUUCUAAGUAUACAUAUGCGUGUACGUGAAAUUGUAAACAUAUUGGUAUAUAUAUAUAUUAUAUAUAUUUACCACGUGUUAUAUAUAUGCUGAUAAUGUUAUUGUUUUUCGAAACAUAACGGGCCUACCGAAUGUAUAAUUUCUGUUAUCGUUCCAUUAAAUUAUUUCUUAGAUUAAUAAACAUAAGAAGGAAAAAAUUAAAUAAAAAAAAAAAAAAAAAAAAGAAAAGAGUAGUGACGAGUCCAUGGUGGUUCUCUAUAUAUAUUUUGGGAAUUGAUAAAAAAAAUAAUUCGAAGAGAAAGCAUUCUAUAAUACGUUUCAAACCAAAUUUAACGAAAUAAUUACGAAGAACGUCCCAAGAUUUACAAAACAUUACUAUUAUCAUUACAAAUAUAUAUAUAUUAUAUACUAUAUGUAUCCUUUGAGAAAAGAUAAAAAUCAAUUGUUAGAAAACUGACUUUAUACAGUAUUAACUGAGUUUGACUGCUAUAAAAAAAAAAAAAAAAAUUCAUAUAUUUUAUUGCAUCGUUGACCUUGAAAGCUACGAAUUCGACUGAAAAAAGGAAAACGGAUUAAUAAAUAUAUACGUGUUUUAGAAAAAAAAAACACGUUAAUGAAAAAAAAAAAAUUCAGAAAAAUAACAUAUAUCGAUGAGAUAACCGUUUCCAUCAGUCUAAAUCGAUAGCAACCUAUAUAUAUAGUUUGUGACUUAUAGUGAAUGAAAAAGAAUACCUAAAUGUAAACGGGCCUUAACGCUUUUUCCAAUUCUCCUUUCUCUCCCAUCACCCUCAUUACUUACCAAAGAUGCAUAAAAAAAAAACUUUGUAAAUAUCAUGUCAUGAACAUUUCAAUAAUUGAUAAUCGUGUACUAAAUCCAUUCAUUCAUCAUAACAACUGAAUAUUAUUUAAUUCUCAAUAUGAUUCGAUGUUUGUUUAUUUCAUGUUCGUUCAGCAUAGUACAUGUAUUCUACGUUGAUCACAUAAUGACAAGGAAAAAAAAAAAAAUAUUUGCACGCAAUCAAGUUCAAAUAAUCAUGUAACAAUAUCACUACUAACAAUAUAAGUAAUAAUGUUAACUAUAUAUAAAAAAAAA